GUCGCCGGCAUACCACGUGCUCCCUGUGCCUCCGCGUUCCCCGCCCGACUCGCAGGUGCGAACCCGAAAUCGGAACCGCGACCCCCCCGGAAGCGCGAUUUUCGGCGGCUCGCUCCCGGUAGACAUGCCCGGCGCCCCCGGCUCCCUGUGACCCUGUGACCCAGUGCGAGGCCCUCGUCUAAGAUGGUCAGCGCGGCCGGCAACGAAAGGACGCUGAACAAGAAGAAUCUCUACCCGUUCAACUUCGGGCUCAUCAGCCCAAAUUACAAAAUCAUCAAUCCCAGGCCCGGCCCCGCAGAGAGGGACCAGAAUUUCGACAAGCGGUCACUCCCCUAUAGUUCGCAUCACUAAAGGGAACAGUAUGUAGCGCUCCCUACGCUCGAAACCUCUCAAGCUACAUGUAGGUCCCCCCGAGAGUUCGUUUUGUUUAUUUUUUUUUUAUUUUUACAACUUUGUUUAUUUUUGUUUUCGGCAACCGCGUGCGUUCACUCCGAGGUGCAUUAUCGAUGAAACGGAGGAAAAAAGAAUACUUGAUGUGCCUUUCUAGACCUAAACGUCGUUCCUAAGCAAUAGUCGAAGGAAGUGGUGGAUUUGAACCGCGUACCGAGUGGUGGAUUCUGUGAAUACUCGUGCCUACCGGGAUUCAUUUUGUGACGACUGGGAGUGGUUUUGUGCCAGUUUUGUGAUCGGCGGAAGUGCGUCGGACAGACGUUUUGGCGUGCGGUUUUGGCGUUGGUGAGUUUUGGCGGAGCCGGCGCGGCGACGGAGCCGUGCGGCGUGGCGUUGCGAUGUGCCCCGGGAGCGGUUUUGAUGAGAUUGCUCAGGUUGAUCAGGCUGAUCAAGGCGAUUGAUCGAAUCGGUCUGCGGCAGCAUGUCGAGUGCCCCUAACCGGCGGGUUCGUCUGCUCCUUCUGAUCGUCAUCCUCGCCACCCUCUCCCGCGCCGCGAGCGCGAACCAGCCGCAAAGACACCACCGCAGCCAGCACAGCGCCCACGAAAAGCACCGCAAUCAGCACGCACACGCUCAGACCAGCCACCGCGGCAACAGCCACCACAACAAAAUCUCCCUCCGAAACUCCCGUCUCCACCAGGAGGAGAUGCUCCUCGCCUCUCAGCUCGAGAGGGCUCCCGCUCUUCAAACCUACGAGCGCCUCGAGCAGCCGUCCGCCAAAUCUAUAGAUCACGGUGACUCCGUGUGCCCGAACUGCCUGCAGCAGCACCACCACCACAAGUCGCGGACGCGGCAUCAUGGAGGCGGCAGUGGCGGCGGUGGAGGCGGGGCGGGCGAGAGCCUCCGCCUGGAGGCCAUCAAGCGGCAGAUCCUGUCGAAGCUGGGCCUCAAGGCGCGGCCGAACGUGACGUCGUCGGUGUCGCGGGAGCUCAUCAUGGAGACGCUGUACCUGGCCGAGGAGUCCCGGGACGCCUCCAUGGACCUCCUCGAGGAGGAGACCGACGCGCCCACCUCCACGCGGCUCCCCGAUUCGGAGCCAGACGACUUCUUCGGCAGGACGUCCGAGAUCAUCGGUUUCGCCGAACCAGGCUCAUUACUGAAUGGCCAAAGACUGUUAGAAUUCCCUCGACCCCAGGACGUGGACGGGUCCGAACUGAGGGUGAAAAGUGCCACUCUAUGGGUCCGUGUGGACUUUAGAGAAUCGUUACCUAGAAAUUUUAGGAGAUUAGUCCCAGAUAGAAAUUUAACUAUGUGGGUUUUUAGAGUAUUUAGGAGUUCGAACGACGACUCGCCGAGCAACACCACGUUCGUUAGUGGAAAGGAGUUCGACGAGCUGACGUCGAUGUCCUCCUCGCUGCCGAUCACGCUGUCAUCGCUAGGCUGGCAGAAGUUCGACGUGACGUCAACAAUCCGCGAGUGGUACUCCAGCGGCCCCAGGGACCGGCUCAAGCUCCUGGUCGACUGCUCGGGCUGCAGCGGGAUCGUGGACCCCGUGCUCUUCCAGGACACCCGACAGGAGUCCGAGCGGCCCUUCCUGGUCGUCCACACAGACCCAACGGCCGCCAGGAGGGUGCGGCGGCGGGCGCUGGACUGCAGUGGCGCCGUCCGCGGCCAGUGCUGCAAACAGCGCUUCUACGUGAGCUUCAAGCAGCUCGGCUGGGAGGACUGGAUCAUCGCCCCCGGGGGGUACUACGCCAACUACUGCCGGGGGGACUGCGGGUCCCACCGGACCCCCGACACCUUCCUCAACUACUACACGCACGUCAUCGAGGAGUACCGCAAGAUGGAACGCCUCUCCGGGCUCCAGCCCUGCUGCGCCCCGCUCAAGUUCUCGCCCGUCUCGCUCAUCUACUUCGGCCCGGAUAGCAAUAUCAUCAAGCGGGACCUCCCCAAGAUGGUCGUCGACGAGUGCGGCUGCCCUUGAACGUCCCCCCGAACAAACAAAUUGUGAUCUUUAUUUAAUUUUACCCCGUUAUCUGUAAAUUGUACAUACACUGUUCUUCACUCGAGUUCUAGUGCCGGAGGCGAAGGUUCUAAUCGAGUUUUUGCACACGUAGGGGAUUUUCGAUUGAAGUACUAUCGUAUGAGAAAAAAACACUAAAAAAUAGCCGGAACUGUAUGUAACAAGGUGAAGAAAUGGUGCUGGGUCCAUGCCAU